CCCAACGUCUUAAAACUCCAACGGCUAGUUUUUCCACUGACCGUUUGGAACACAAAAGCCUUUCACUAUCAUCAAACAAACACACACACAAAAGAAAACAUUCACAUUCAAAUACAAAUACAAACCAAAUUUCAUAGCUUAAAAUUCUCAAAUCAAUUUUUUUUUUUUUAAUUUCAAGAAUGGUUUAUUCAUACACACCAACAUACUACAGUUCACUACAUGACUCAAUUACUUCACUUUGCAAAACAAUUCUUCCAUUUCCAUUCAAAAAAAGGCGAUUACCGGCGAUUAUAGCAGCUGAACAAAGGUUGUCUAAGCAACAAUCAGACAACCUUAAAUGGCAACAAGAAUCUUUUCAUCAGAUUAUGAAUUUAAUUGGUCUUUGUAAUGAAGGGAUUUUAGCUGAAUCUGAAGUUUCUGGUUUUAGAUCUCAUCUUCUUGAUACGCUUAUCGCGUCACCUGCUGAUCAUGAACAUUCGUCGAUUUUGAGGGAUAAGUUGAUCUUCUUGCAGGAGUUACUAUAUGCAAAAUGUAUAUCAGAGGAAGAGUAUCAUUCAUCAAAGAGGCCAUUAUUGCAAAGGCUAGCAGUUCAAGGAGCUGAAAUUGAAGCAAAACAUGUUAUUGUUGGAUCAAAAAAAGAAGUCAUAGGUGAUGAAUGGUCUGUUAUAGAUUUGAAGGAUGACAUAUCCUAUCUUGGCAAAGAGAUCUCGAAUUCGAGCUCGAAAAAUAAAGAAAAGCAAAAUUCAACUAUUAAGCAAGUCAAAGGUGCUGCUUCAGUUUUUGGCUUUGCAUCAUCCAAAAAAGAAAGGGACAUACUUAGUGGAAAAAAUGAAAUGGGAAUGUCAACAGAGAACCCUUUUUGGAAUACUAAUUUGAAGGAAAAAGAUAGUGAAACUAAGUCUAUUUUGAUGGCGGAAAGCUUGCCUAAUGAACCUAUUAAAGUGAAGAAGCAGAAGAAACCUUUUAAGGGAUUGUUUGGCAUUGAUGAUCAAAAUCGCGCUGAGCCUGAAUCUGAAGGAAAAUCGUCGAAAUCAGGGAAGAAACAGUGGGGAUUUGAUGGAUUCAAGAAGUGGAAGAAGAAUGAUUGUGAAGAUGAAACAGCUCCGUUGUCGCUUGAUGAGAAAUCGGACAGCGGUGGAACUUACUUAGGCCAACUUGUUGCUGAACCUGUUGGAGAAGGACCAGAUACUAAACAGAUUAAAAGAAAGCUGCAUCCUAAUGGUGUCCCUUCGGAUUUCUUUGUCGAUAAGGUUUUAGAAGACAAUAUCAAGAAAGAGCUAUCAAGAAUUCAAAGAGAAUUUGGCGGCAAAAAUUCAAGCGUUGAGUUAACAGAUGAUCAAAUUGAAGCAAUUUCAACUAGGCUUCCAGUUGACAAGGCUGAUCUAAAAAAGUUCUUCCCUAAAACAUGGUGUGAUCGAUAUGGAGAUGUCGUUUUGGAUGUUGUAAGGAAGGAAUUCAAGAACCAUGUUGGAGAAAUGGGAGGAAACUUAAAAGGUAUUACCAGAGAGGAAAAGAAGCAAAACUCAAAAAGAUGGACAACAUUUGAUGAAGAUGUUUAUGAUGAUGAUGAAAAUUGCCAUCCAAAUCUUUUUGCUCCUCGGCAAGAUCACCAUACAUUCCAUUCUAAACAAGCCAAAAUCCUCACUCCUUUGAAGAGCAGUGGUCAAGUUUAUGUUAAUAGUAGCAUUGAUAAGGGCCUCAAAUAUAACCCUUUCUUUGAUGUUUAAGAGUUCAUUUGGUGGACAGUGAAAGAAAGCUGAGAGCUAAUCAGCUUCUUUUGUGGACUAUACUUAAUUUAUAGUUUUAUAGCCAUCUAUGUUAUUUAUUGGCUCUACAAGAGAUAUGUUAUUCCUUUUGGUCAACAUUAAAAAUGUGUAAAUCAUCUUUGGAUGGUUUCUCCUGUUUAUUUUCAUGCUUUUUAUUUUGGUUUAAAAUAGCCCCUGAAAUA